CCUCACACUCUCUGGUAACUAAUCGGUGACAUUCCGGUGCAAUGUGCAUGAGGGAGUUGUAGUCACUGUCAGUAGUGACAAGUGAUGGCGGCUCCCAGGCUGACAUCAGGAAGGACUCAGGCCGGGGAAAGACCUUAGACUGGGCGUCUACUACGAUACUCCACGCCAUCAAAAUGAACACCACCUUAAAGCACUGGAGGGAGGCCGCCACCCUCAUUUUAACAGCCGGAUGCCAACAUCUAGGAGUCGUACCGAAAAUCACAGCUCCAGGUCCCUGGCACGGGCAGCAGAAGAAGACCACCUUCGAUUAUGAGGUUCUUUUACUACAACGCAGUGAGAAAAGCGGCUUCAUGCCCAACGCGUUUGUGUUCCCCGGAGGCCUUGUGGAACCCUCUGAUUUCUCCAAUGAUUGGGUAAAAGUAUUUGGGAGACACGUCCAGAAGCCUAACUUUGGGCUUGGCGUGGUGAAGCAGCCUCCCGACACUAGGUCUCCCAUGUUCAUCAGUGACAGAACGAAGUUUGGCUCCCUGAUCCCCGGCGAGGUGGCCUUCCGGAUCUGCGCCAUAAGGGAGACCUUUGAAGAAUCGGGUAUACUGUUGGUGGUUCCUGAGAACUCCAGUAUUGAGGACAACCAGAAGUUCAUGGCCGCUUAUGAUCAAGAUGGAGAAACCGUAGCCAAGUGGAGGGAGGAAGUUCAGGGUGAUCCCCUGAAGUUCAUUGAAAUGUGCAAGGAGCUACGAUGUGUCCCUAAUAUCUGGGGUCUUCAUGAGUGGGGUAACUGGCUCACCCCCUUGUUAUCUAAAAACACGAGGCGCUACGACACGGCCUUCUUCAUCUGCUGCUUGCCGAGAAAGCCGGUCACUGUGGAUGACCAGAAAGAAGUGGUCACCUUCAAAUGGAGGACUCCUCAGGAAGCCAUAGAUCAAUUACAGGAGACAACCUGGAUCCCUCCUCCUCAGCUCUAUGACUUAAGGAGAUUGUGUAACUUCACGCACCAUGAGGAGCUGCAGAGAUUCGCUCUCCAUCGGGGCUUGGAAGGCUGUGAAAGAUGGAUGCCUGUUAUUGUACGUGCCAAGGAUGGCAUGGUGCAUACACUCCCAGGAGACGAGCUGUACCCCGAGGAUCCGGAUGUCACCGGCGAGACAGCGAAAAUUUACUCCACAGACCAAACAAUAGAAAAGCUCGCCCAGGGCGGAGAGCGCCUCCACAGGCUGUUAACCGUGGAUGGGGUGGCGCGGUUCUUUGUAAAUAUGCAGCCGAAAUACAAACACGUCAACCCGCGCUUACCGCAGAGUGACAGCGACAAGAAGGUCAAGAGCCAGCUGUGAAGAGCGGAAUAAAUAUGUCAUAGAGAAUAGUAGAAUUAAAGGGAAUGUCAGCAGGAAAUUGACCAGGUACAGUGCCUUGUAGGGCUAGCCCAGCUGAGUGUAAUGAUACCCUUCACUUAACAAUCCGAUGCUUCAUUCUGGAGAAAAAGUACUUUAAAUCCAUCAGCAAAAAGUUAAGUGUUAAGAGGGCGGGGCCAAACCACUCUGUGCACCCUUGCUCCGCCUGCUUCCUCAUUCAGCCCCUCCCUCUCCUUCUUGAUUGACAGGUGUUUGCAUAGUCAUCUCACCUUGUAUUGUCAGUUAAGGAGGGGGGAACUGACAGGAAGCAGGAGGAGCAGGGGUGCACAGAAUGGUUUGGCCCCGCCCUCUGAGAACAUAUGUGGAGGGAGGGUAUGCGGGUGUUGGGGUCUUAUGUCUGUAAAAUUUAAAAUAUGUUAAUAAAAAUUACUUAGAUUAAUUAAUAAAA